AGGCCACCCGCCGCCACGGCCGCAGUGUGCAACCGCCGUCCGAGCACAGUCGUGUGUCGGGCCUACAACACUCCGAGAUUGUUACUAAAAUUAAAACAUAUUAACGCGUCUAAUUAUACACGUUCUUCGUUUUUUCUUUUGUUCACUUUUCGUUAUUUUAAACACGACCGCGUCAAAUCACCAGUGUGCAGUAUUAUUUUAUCGUUUCAAUAGGUACCGUUACUUAUAGACAAGAAGUGUACUCCAUGGCUUUCGAGUUAAUAAGCCUCAGGUUCCAGUCAUGUUCACGUGUCGGCAGUGCCGUCGUAACGCCAAAAUUAAACCAUCAACGUCCUCCAACGAUGGUUUUUGGCGAAACUUUUUAUUGAUAACACUUUGAUAAAGCGGUGGCGGACUGCAGCUGCUUUUACCGGACCAUCGAUGGACGGCGGCGAUGACGGCGGUAAACAACGGCGUACGGCCGCCACCGGCAAGAGACGCGUGCCAGCAAAAAGGAGUUGCUCUGCCGUAACGGAAUGGGAGACCAGCAGCUCGUGGCAGUUAGCUAGGCAACAUCCGAUGGCUAGAAGAACAUCCAGGGUUUACAGAGAGCUGUGUCUUGUGUGGAACGCUCGUGUGGGAUCGCCCAACACGAACGCGUCCGCCCACAAAGUUCAGGCGCUGUUCAACGACUUAGGGUUGUACCCGACAUCAGCUCAAGUCGCUGAAAUGAUGCAGUGCACGAUGAAAUGUGCCAAUAGGAGUUCUCCGGCGCACAUGACAUUUGGAGAAUUCUGUUUGUUAGCGAAAAAACUGAAAAACGGCUUGGACAGAGGAAUACCGAGGUCAGUGCAAUUUUCUCGGCUAUUGGAAAGAGAUCAGGAGAAACACAGAGGAAUAAAACGCAACUUGAGGACGUUGCAUAGUUACGACGUAUUUCUCGGUGGGUCGUGUAAUCCUACCACAUGGCGUAAGGAGGUGGCUAUACCGUAUCUGCAAGACGCUGGUGUGUCUUUCUUCAACCCUCAAGUGGAUCAUUGGAGUCAAGAUCUAAUCGAAAUCGAACACACGGCCAAAGAAAACGCAACCGUUCUAUUCUACGUGAUCGACAGACAGACUAGGAACGUGGCCAGUGCGAUCGAGGUAGCCAAUUUCGCUGGUUACCAAAAAAACGUCGUGGUGGUCAUCCAUCCACAAGACACUGUUUCCGGCACAGUAGUAGCCGGCGAACAAAUAUCACCCACGGAAUCGGACGACAUACAAGAGGCGUUGACGAUACUGUAUAAAAUCGCGCACGAACAAGGCAUUCUGGUGUUUGAUAAUAUACCACAAGCUCUAAGCCGAGUAGUCCAAAUUUUAAAAGAAAAACCCCACAAAAACGGCGAGGUCAACGAAGAUAACUCUACGAACCGCAAGGUUCGCGAUGCGUUCAACAUGUUCGACACCAAAGCCACCGGACAGAUAAAUAUUUUCGAUGUGAGAAUGGCCAUUCGGUUGUUGACCAAUCGUAAUCUUUCGGAGAACGAGGUGAUGGAUUUGACGGCGGAAAACAUUUCCGAUUUUAACGCCAUCGACAUUGACCGAGUGUCUUUUACUUUCGACCAGUUCCACGCGAUCGCUUCGAAAUAUCUACAGCUACCGGACAAACCGCUUAACGGCAAUGGGUUCGACGACUGUCGCACGUACCAUUCGUCUGUGACCAGGUCGUUGUCAGUGCCACAGGGAUGGGUUGACACGAGACCUUCGAAGACCACAGACAUCUACUUGGCAGGAGAGAGUGGCGACGACGUCCGGUGGAUAGAAGACAUAGCCAUUCCGUUGAUCAGGAAAACAAACUUGACGUAUCACGCAGCCUCCAAACCAGACUUAUCAGUAUUACUCGAUUCGCACACGUUAUUAUUUGUUAUUCCAAACAACUCAAGAUCGUUAGCUACCAUGACUCUGGCUGCUUAUUGUAUCGGCAAAAGCUGCAGGACGGUAUUGUGUGUUCAGAAUCUCAACAAAGAUAAUUGUAUCGUUCACAAUGAAAAGUUAACACAAAUCGCAGUCAAUGAUUACAACAGAGGUAGAAUGUAUUUAACAGACUUAGCAUCACGAGAACGAGUGCCUGUAUUAGAAUCAAUCAUAGAAGCUGUUGAGAUAGCUAUACAAAAAAGUUUAUAGUAUAUUUUAAUAAUUUUUAAAUUAUAUUACAUUGUAUUGUUUAAUGACUUAAAUUUAUUAUUUUAGUAUUGAUAAAACUAACCAAUGUGUAUUCGAGCAAAUUAAAUUUUGAUUUUUAUUCAUUGAAACUAUUUUAAGUACCAACUGUAUCAAUUUUUUUAACAACGUUUAAAUUAUUUAUUUUUUUAAAGAAAAUUUUAAUAUUAGGUAUAUUUAUUUUUUGUUUUUGAAAUUUAUUUUAAUAUUGAUUUAAAUUUUUUAUAAUGAUUUUGUCCUAUGUACAAAAUAAACUCGUAGAAGUAUUUGUUUUUUAUAAUUAUUAUCACAUAAAUUAUAGCUUUAUAAAUAUAUUAAUCUGAUUUAUACAAUAAAUUUUCAACAGUGCAAUCGUUAUUAAAAUUAAAAUAUCAUUUAAUUUUAUAAGAAGACGUGAUUUAUUUACAAUUUUUUAUGCACUUGAGAAAAAAUGUUUAUUACUGUAAAACCGGCUAACUUUGGGCAUCAAGGCUAAUUUGGGACUUGGGGUAAAAUAAUUCAUACUCUAUAUUAUAUUAUCAUAUUGUAAUAUAUUAUUGUAUUUAACCAAUACACCCAUAAUGCCCCAAGUUAGCCGAUACACCAUUAUGCCUACACUAAACUACAUAGUUGCGCCAGUAUGACAAAACAAAUGCUCCGAUAAUAUACAUCUUAAUUUACACAUUUUUAGAAUUAUCUCUUUGAUGUAUCAUUUUACAUCAGUAUAAUGGUAUUUUAGCUUCAAUGGGGAACUGAGAAGGUAUUGUUAUUACAAUGAUGU